AUGGCAUCAACUGAUAUUCUUUCCCAUACCCUCUCCUCCAUCACAUCGAUCAAACUCGAAGAUAUUUCAAGCCAGAGAUCUGCAUUCGAGCAAGGCAAGUCGGAACUCCUCAAAACCGUCUCAGACCAGCCCAAGCAAAGUGAGAAACUCCGCAUCUUACUAGAUCGUAUUGAGAGUCUUGCUUCCAUGGGAAAGCUCAAGGAUAACAAAUCGAUCUCGUUGUACAACAUCCGACUCUUCCUUCAACAAGCUCAACAUGACCCAUCGGUUUCAGAAGGCCUCCUCAAAGAUUGGCAAGAAAAACUUGAGAAGGAGCUUGACGUUCACUCGUUGAAAUACGAAUAUGCUUCUUUAUAUGGUCGACUUGUCAAUGACAUUGGCCGAAAGGAGAUGCAUGAGCAGCGACAAAAAUGGGAAGAUUAUGUUUUUAAUCCUCUAGAGACUGAUUCUGCUGCUAUCGAAUCAUAUCUCACCAAGCUUUUUACCUCGACGUCGGACAUUAAGAAUGCUUGGGAGAAACUAAGACUCCAGACCGCUGCUUUUGAAGAGGAGAUGGAAAACCAAGUUCACUUUGACGAAAACUCCUUGAAAUGGGUGAUCAACGGCCUCCUACGCAGUGAUCUUCUUACCGAUGAAAAGCGCGCUAUUCUCAAAGACUUUCAAAGCAAUAAGGUUGUUCUCGCUGAAGUUGCCGACGUUCUAAAUAUGCGCAUAUCCUCACUCGAAAAGUGGCAAUGGGGAUCAGAGGGUACGCCUGUCGAACAACGUCGGCAAGUCAACGGUCGCUACCGAUUUUAUCACGACGAAGAUCUUCUACAAUCCAUUCUUCUUCGGUAUCUCGGCGUUAAAUGGUCCGUAUUCUUCAAAGGAAAGCUUACCGAAUUCAAAAAUUCCCACAAUGUCUGGGCCAGCUCCACUACACAAGUUUCAAAAGCAGACAAACACAGACGCGAAUACUUCUUUGACCAACCUAGUAGCAAUAAAAUCAACGUUGAAGCUAUUCGAGAGAACCACUUCAACUCUGAUAUUUUUCUCGAACAUCUACAACAUUCCCCUGAGGAACAACGAGGCGGAUACGCCGACGAUGACUCUGAUUGCGAGAAUGACACUCGCAAAUCUCCUCAACAAAUUACACAAUCAGUUCUUCACACUUUGGCCACCGAAAUAAUAAUGCAAAGUCGUCUUGGCAAUCCUGUGACGGUCGUUCGUUCCGAUUUCGCUUGGUUUGGACCUUCUCUCUCCCAUACAAGCAUGUUCUCAGUUCUAUCACAUUUCGGUGUAUCCUCUAAAUGGAUAUCGUUCUUCCGCCGUGCGCUUGAAGCACCCAUGGUCUUUCCUUCUGAUGGACCAUCCGCUCCUGUUCGUAUCCGCAAACGCGGGACUCCAAUUAGUGGUCCACUAAGUGACAUGCUCGGCGAAACUGUUCUCUUCUGCCUUGAUUUCGCCAUGAAUAAUAGAACCAAUGGCGCACGUCUAUACCGCUUACACGACGAUAUUUGGUUCUGGGGUAGCGAAUCAGUUUGCGUAUCUGGUUGGAAUGCCAUGGAAGAGUUUGCAGCCCUCAUGGGACUUGCCUUUAAUACUGAUAAAACAGGUUCCUGCACCGUGACUCGCCACCCUAGCACUAUCACCAAGGUCCCUUCAUCUCUCCCCGAAGGACUUGUUCGUUGGAAUUUCCUGUACCUGGAUCCUCUCACUGGUCGAUUCUUGAUUGAUCAAAAGCUUGUUGAUAACCACAUCAAAGAGUUAAGUCUUCAAUUGAAAGCCUGCAAGUCUAUUUUCGAUUGGAUUCAAGCCUGGAACAUCUACGGCUCCCGUUUCUUCACCACAAACUUCGGACGACCUGCCCAUUGUUUUGGACUCGCCUACGUGGAAGAUAUUCUCACGACGUUCUCCCGUAUUCAAGCCCAACUCUUUUCCGAAACCGGUGGCUCCGUUACCUCAACUCUCAAAUCCAUGCUUCAUGCUCGUUUUGGUGUGGAAAACAUUCCAGAAGGUUAUCUCUAUUUCCCCAUGUCCAUGGGUGGUCUCGACCUCAAAUCUCCUUUUGUACCACUCUAUCUGAUUCGCGAUCAAGUUGAAGAGAAUCCAGAUGAAAUCAUGGAUACUUUCUUCACCGAAGAGCGUCAUGAUUACGAACGCGCGAAAACGCAAUACGAUGAUGGCGACGUAUGGUCAAGUCGUCAUCGACGUGAUAAAGAACUCGACCUUGAAGGCUUCCCCUCGUUUGAAGAAUAUACCCAAUAUCGAGAACGCACAUCGAGAGCGCUGCAUAGUGCGUAUGAGAAGCUGAUGGAUGAGCCAAGGGAAUGCGCGGUUGAUAUCAUGGUGGGAAGAGUGGUGCAGGGGGGCAAAUGGGAGACGAGAGGGAUGACGAAUUACCAAAAGUGGAUUUUGCAGCUUUACGGGGCAGAUAUGGAGGAGAGGUUUGGGGGAAUAAAUGUUGUGGAGAAGGGAUUGCUUCCGACUGGAAUGGUGGGAAUGUUUAGGGAGAGUAGAUUUAAGUGGCAAGGAUGA